GCAAGCCGACUCUGUGACCAAAAUCACUCAGGCGCAGGCUCCCAGGAACUCAAAUUUCUCUCUCUCUCUCUCCCUCUUCUUUUCUAAGUUUUCACACAGGGUGAUAAACUGAUAAUAUGCCCCCCCGGCGAGUCUCUGUAACCGGCGCAGUGCUAGCUUCUCUUCUAGCUCUCGUCCUCCAUGUAGCCUUCAACUCCCCCAUCUCCCCUCUCCCUCUACCCCUCCCCUCCUCACGCAUCACUCCCAACAACCUCCUAAAGACAGUGGAUAAGCUGGGAGAAGGGAGAUUGGAGGGUCCAGAAGCUGUGUGUGUGGAUGGCGAGGGUACACUGUACACCGCUACGAGGGACGGAUGGAUCAAGAGGAUGCAGCCCAACGGCUCGUGGGAGGAUUGGAAGCUGCUUGGAGGCUCGGCGCUGCUGGGGAUGACCGUGUCAAUGACCGGAGAUCUCCUCGUCUGUGACGCCGAUAAGGGUUUACUAAAGGUUGGGGAGGAUGGAGUGAUCACUCUUGCUUCGGAAGUGGAUGGCACUCCUAUCAGAUUUGCGGAUGAUGUGGUGGAAGCAUCGGAUGGGAGCGUGUAUUUCAGCGAUGCAAGUACCAAAUUCGGACUCCAAGAUUGGAUUCUCGAUCUUCUCGAAGCUAGGCCUCAUGGCCGGCUCCUCCGGUACGACCCUGCCGCCAACAAAACUUCGGUGGUGCUCUCCAACCUAGGCUUUCCCAAUGGCGUUACCCUCUCACAGGACCAAGACUUCGUGGUGGUUUGUGAGACAUGGAAAUUCCGGUGUUUGAAGCAUUGGUUGAAGGGAGAGCAGGAAGGAAAAACAGAGGUUUUCAUUGACAACCUCCCAGGAGGACCAGACAACAUUAAUCUUGCACCAGAUGGAUCUUUCUGGAUUGCUCUUCUACAGCUUAGAUCGAAGUGGCUUGAUUUGAUUCAUCGCUCCAGCAUGGCUAAACGAGUGCUUGCAACACUUCCAAAACUAGUUGGAAUUAUGCAACGCAUUAGGAGCGGGGCAAUGGUUGUGAAUGUAGCUUCCAAUGGCAAGAUCACACGAGUGCUUGAUGAUUCCGAUGGUACAGUAAUGUUCUUUGUCACCUCUGCGAUGGAAUUUGAGGGUCAUCUCUACUUGGGCAGCCUGCACACAAACUUCAUAGGAAAGCUGCCUUUGAAAUGAUAGAGCUUAAAGUUCGCAGUUAAAUAAGAAAAUGUUUUGAUUUCUUUUUGCCAUAUCAAAUUCUUGAAUAAAAACUUAUAAAUGUAUUAAAAACUUAACUGUUAGGAUACUGUAGCUUCAAGUGAACAGCUGGGUAUCAGAAAAGUCUGGUUAUAAAUAAAAAUCAUAUAGGACUUGUUUGGUUUG